AUCGAGAACGAUAAAGCGACUCUCUUGCAGUGAAAUUCCAAAUUAAAAAAAAAAAAAAAAAAAAAUAGCAGAACUACAUCCUUAUUAGUUUUGUCGAGCAACUGAUUACAACAGGAUGGCAGGUCCGUAUUUAUCACCAUUGGGUCCCCAGGCUGACUUACUUACCGAAUAUAUGUUUGGAAGACGUCGUCAGAGACGCAAUCGAACGACCUUCACUCCACAACAGCUCCAAGAAUUGGAAUCACUUUUCCAGAAGACCCAUUAUCCAGAUGUUUUCUUAAGAGAAGAAGUCGCUCUUAGAAUUUCGCUCUCAGAGGCUCGUGUUCAGGUUUGGUUUCAGAAUCGGCGAGCAAAAUGGAGAAAACAAGCCCGAUUGCAAUUGUUACAAGAUGCAUGGAGAAUGCGAUGUUUGGGAUUAGGAAGUGCACCCCCGCCACCUCCACCACCUUCUGCUUCUGCUACCAAUGGACCAUCUUUGACGGCAACCAAUGCUGACAAAAUAUCCGACACUUCAACUUUAUCUGUUUGCAGAGAUUAUAGAAUUCUUCCACCUCCUCACGGAUAUUCUUUGACAUGUGAAAAAUCUCCGGAGAGAAUGAAAUGUGGUUGUGGUUCUCCACCAAGAAUAUGCGGUAGUCCAAUAGAAAGAGAUAUUAAUUUAAGUGUUAGAGAUAGGCCGCAGGAGGCUGAAAUGGAUCUCACUGUGAAAGGUCCACCUCGACACACAUCGAUUGCUACUUUAUUUCAUCAAUUACCCCAGCAAGAACUCAGUCCUUCGCAAAAUAUCGAUGAACCUUUGGACGUUACACUUAAUGCUAACAAAAAUAAUUAAUUAAUUGUUUUUAUUAUUUCAAGUCUAUAUAUAAUUCAGUUUCAUA